ACGAUGAAAUAGUAAAUGCAGAAAAUUCUAGACUGCAAACAAAAAAUUUUGAAUUGCUUCAAAGAAUUAUCGCAUUAAAUGGUGAUAAAGAUGAAUUGAUUCGUGAAAAUACACAUUUAAGAAAUAGAAAUGAUGAGCUUACAAAUGAAAAAAAUCAACUCGAAGCAGAUAAUAUUCAGAUUCGUGAAGCAAAUGAAAAUCUGACACAAUUAAAUACUGCAUUAAGAACU